AUGCCUAAACCGGAAGUUCCUACAUCGUCGAUUAAUACUCGAUCAAAGAAAGAAAAAGUAAUGAGUGAUCCAAAACAAUUACCGAGUGAAAUUAAAACUGAAAUUAAAACUAAAACGAUUAUUGAAAAAAGCGUAGUUGAUUUACCUGUUGCACAAAAGGUACAAUCGGUGAAGGAAACCACAAAGACUGAUGUACAACAAUUUGAAAAAAAAAUUAUCGAACAAUCGUUAGAAGAAAAGAUCGAACAAUCUAUCGAGAAAAAAAUUGAACAGAAAUCUCUUAUCGAGGAAUGUUCGAUUAUCGAAAAAAAUAAAUCAAAAAAAGAACAACCGCCAUCUUCUUCAGAAAAAGAUGAAUGUUCGAUUCUUGAUAAAAAUAAAUCAAAAAAAGAUGAAUUAUCUACUGUAAUGAAAGAUGAAACUUUGAACAUCGUAUUGAAUAUACCAAAAGAAAAAGAAUUAUCUCCUUCGAAGAAAGAUGAAUCUAUUAGCUUGGAAAAAACUAAACCGGAAGAAGAUUUAUUAUCACUGAAAAAAGAUGAAUCUUUAAAUCUCGAGAAAAAUAAACCGAAAGAAACAAAAUUAUCUACACCAAAGAAAGAUGAAUCUAUUUGCUUAGAAAAAACUAAACCGGAAGAAGAUUUAUUAUCACCUAAAAAAGAUGAAUCUUUAAAUCUCGAGAAAAAUAAAGAAAGUAAACUAUUUUUCAUCGAUACAAAUAAACCAACUACACCUUCGAAUGUAGCUGUACCAAGAAAAAUUCAACCUUAUGUACCACCAAUUAGCAAUCAGCCUCCAAUCGUAUUAGCAACGCAUUUAGUACCAUCAUUACCAAUCGGUUUAUUUGAAGUAUUAGCUGAAAUGAUUGAAGUGGCAACAGAAAGGCCUGUAGUUCUUUUAUAUGAGCCUAGAACUAAUAGAAAAGUUGCCAGUGAAUACACUGAUAUCGCUAUUUUGCCAGCCAGUGAUGAUUGGGAAAAUGGUGAAUUGAUGCCAGUGUCUUUUGUAUUCAAACAUAAGCUAAACAAUAAUAAUUCUCCGCAAGUUUAUGCCGAUGUUGUUGUAGCAUCUGAUCUUGUACAUCGCAUCGAAAAAAUUGUUGAUUUACGUGGACAUAGAUGCGCUUUACCAGAUAGGAGUAAAAAUAUAGGAGCUGCUACAUUGAUAUACAAUUAUUUGCAUAGCAUAGGAGAAGGUCCUGCAUUUUUUGGCAAUACUUUAGAUGUUGAUUCACAAAUAGAUGCUAUGCAAAUGGUUGCUGGUAAACAAGCAGAAGUUGGUAUUUUGGAAGCUCCUGUAAUAACAUGUCAUAAGUACAAUUUUCCAGGCAUACAAUCGCUUUAUAUAGUUGACAGUUUGGGACCAUUACCGCCAUAUCGUUUUAUGAUUAAUAAAAAAAUAUCUGGGUCUUUUGUAAAAAAGUUAACAUCCUAUCUACUUAAUUGUAAUGAAGAUGCGUCAUGGAUGAUGAAACUAGCACCUUUUGGAAUAACAGGUUUUGCUGCUAAUACAUUAGACUAUUAUGUAUUUUCUGAUGUCAAACCUGUCUUUACGAGAGGAGCGUAUUAUUAAAUCUAAACUUGCUUAUACAUUAAACUGUAUUAAAUCUAAUCUUACAGUUUACUACAACAUUUUAUCAUUAAAAAAGGUAAACACUUA